CACACUGAAAAAUCGUAAAAUUUGUCACAUUUCCUUUAAUCCACAGAGAUUUAAAUUAUCAUUCCCCUGUUUGGCGACUGUUAGAGUAAAAACGCCGCAGUGAGUAUUGGACGGGUCAUCGACUUUUGUCCACGACGUUGGUAAAUUUUAUAGACUAGAAAAAUGAAGAUAAAUUUGGCAAAUCCCUUCACUGGGAUGCAAAAGACAAUAGAGAUAGACGAUGAAAAGCGUCUGUUGCCCUUUUUCGAAAAGCGUAUGGGCACUGAGGUCCCAGGAGACUCCCUCGGCGAUGAAUUCAAGGGAUACAUCUUCCGCAUCUCCGGAGGAAACGACAAGCAAGGAUUUCCAAUGAUGCAGGGUGUUUUAACUGCCUCCAGAGUACGCUUGUUGCUCAAGAAGGGAAUGAAGUGCUACAGACCAAGAAGGACUGGUGAAAUGAGGCGCAAGUCCGUACGCGGAUGCAUUGUCAGCCCACAACUCUCCAUCCUCAACCUUGUUGUUGUCAAGAAGGGAGCCGAAGAAAUUGCCGGACUCACCGAUCAAGAAGCACCAAGAAGAUUGGGACCAAAGAGGGCAUCAAAGAUCCGCAAGCUCUUCAACCUUUCACCAGCUGAUGACGUUAAGAAGUUUGUCAUUAGAAGAAAGAUUGAGGGAAGAGAGAAGACAAAGGCUCCCAAGAUCCAGAGGCUUGUCACCGCACAACGCCUUCAGAGGAAGAGGAGAGAGAGAAAGGAUGCCAAGGAGAAGGCAAAGAGAACCAAGGAAGCCAUGGAGGAAUAUAGAAAGAUGAUCAAGGAAUUCAAGGCUCAACAAAAGGCCGAGUAA